AUGACCCUAGUCUCAGAUGAUAAUAGUUCAAGUCGGUGGUCGCUCAUCAGUUCGAAUUUUUUCUUGAGCUAUUGGAUAGUUGCCUUCUCUGCUAUUGCGAUAUAUGACUGGGCCCUUACAUCUGGGCAAGAGGUUGAACUGGUCUGGAAGCAACGCUGGUCCCUCAUGACUAUUUUAUAUCUCAUCGUGCGCUAUAUUGAAAUACCAUAUAUUGUGCUCAUUGGAAACAUUCCAGGGGAAACCGUUCUUUUUGGCACUUAUCAGUGCAUUAUUAUUUUGGAGGAAGACGUCGCGCUUCUGAUAGCAAUGAUUUGGACACUCACCGCUGCAUGGGAGAUUCUCGCACUGUGUCUUGCAGUCUGGAUUGCGGUGAAACACUUCCGUGAACUGCGACAAAUGCCGGCGGGAAGAGGGAUCAUCAAGGAUAGCUUCACGGUGUUGAUACAAACUCACCUAAUUUACUUUGCAAGUUUUUUUACUGUUUCUUGUCUGAGCCUCCUGGCCUCAUUUGUGGAAGCCGAGACAUAUGGUGGUCUUCGUCAAAUUUUCUUGGUCAUGCAAAUGUUUGUGCUGGGACCACGCCUUAUCUUUAACGUUAGAAAAUUUCACGCCAAGCUUGUAGCCAGCUCCGACGAAGGAACCUCCAUGACUUCAAUUGCUUUCCAGGAGCGCAUACGGGUAUCAACCAGCGGUAAUGUGUAGAGCGGGAGAUGUUCCAUGCGAUUGACAUCACUGGAGGGACACUUACGGGGAGCAGGGAAAUUACUGGGAUACUUAUAAAAUGGUAUUCAGAAGUCGAAUUCAAAAGAGAAAAAGAUUUGGGCAGGCAGACUGGUUGCUUCACUACUGGG